CUACUUUCAGUUUUACGAUGACGAAUUUCGGAAAAAUUUGACUAAUCACUGCGGGGUAUUGCAAGAAUUUAGGAAUACUGAGAAACAUUAUAAGGAUUGGAUAAUACCCAUUUCUGAUAUAGGUUCAUUAGAUUUCUUCCGAAUCGGAACUACUGUAGAACUUGGUCAUUGAACUAGAUCUCCUGAACAAGAAAUCGUUCAUCGAACCGGAAUACAUUCAUUGAGCUAGAACUCAUCAUCAAUGGAUAAACCAGAGGUCGAUCAAGCCAUUGCGUCACCUCCUGAGGAGACGGAUGGUAUAGAAGCAGAUGCCAGGGGGUCACAUAGAUCACCCUUCGCUCUCCUCCAUGACAACGCCAGCAGGACCAGAGAAAGAGCUUCAAAGGAAGAAACCUUUAGAUUCCCAGGUUUUCUGGACUCGUUGACAAAUGAAGACACAACUCGCCUACUCUACUACAAUAUGAACCACAAGGAGCGUGGCAUGGCCGUUAUCUUUAAUCAUGAAAACUUUGACUGGCGUACUGGAAUGAAUCAGAGAGUAGGAACUAACCAUGAUGUGGACAAUCUCAAGCUCCAUCUAGGACGACUAGGAUUUCAGGUCUUGGUCUUCCAAGAUGCAUCGGCUACAGAGCUUCGGAGGAAUCUUGAACUAGCGGCUAAAGCGGAUCACACCGAUAGGGACUGUUUUAUGUGCGUCUUCUUAACCCAUGGAGAUGACGGUAUCAUAUACGCAAGGGACUCAACAUUGGAAUUACAAGAGCUUUUUGAGUUCUUCAGAGGAGAAAAAUGCCCAACUCUUAUAGGAAAGCCGAAGUUAUUCUUAAUACAGGCAUGUAGAGGAGAGAGACACGAGAUAGGUGUAGAGCCCCCUGAUGUAACAGAUUCUGCUGCACCAGAGGAAGAAUGGGUAACAGUAACAGAUAGCGGCACCAGACCCACUAUCCCUGCAGCAGCAGAUAUGCUCUUAUCUUACUCGGUCGUACAAGGUUACUACUCGCAUCGAGACACAGCAUACGGCUCGUGGUACAUCCAAGCCCUCGCCAAGGUGCUGGCCCUUCACGGUACAACCAUGGAAUUCACCGAGAUCCUCACUCUAGUCAAUCAACUCAUCUCGCAACGUGCCGUGGAACGCUGCUUAGACCAACGCAUGAUAGGCAAGAAACAGAUGCCUUGCUACAUGUCGAUGCUGACGAGGAAACUGAUAUUCCAUCCCAAGAAAUGAUGCUUGCAAUCCCUUGUAUGGUAGUGUAGCAUCAGUGAUAUUCGCAAGCACUAGAAACUGUGCAAUUCUUUUAUAAACAUGUUCCCCAUAUUGUCAAAGAAUGGUUGUUGAGUUGUGACCGUUUUAUUGUUUUUUGCAAAAUUAGAUUUCUAAGUUCUAGGAAGAAGCUAAUAUUAUUAUCAACCAACUGUAGGCCCAUAUAAGACCCCUUACAUGUAUAUUCCUAGUUAUUACCUAAAUGUGCACCAUUUGCCAAUGAGAUUGCUUGAUGACUAUUAUGUUAUUUAUUUUUGUUGAUAUUCAUCAUUAGCAUUUGUAGUCUGGUGGUUGUGACUCAUGCCUUUUAAAGAGAGGGUCAGGGGUUCAAAACCUAGCCAUAGUGUCAUUCAGAAGGAUAUUUAUUCACAUUGUGCUGCACUCAACCCAGGUGAGGUAAAUGGGUAGCUGUUAGGAAUAUUCAUUCCUGAUAUGUCUGUAUCUUGGAGGGUAUUGCAGUGGGGCUACAGCCAGGCUAAUGAUGAUGAUAAUAGUAAUUAUAAUUAAUGAAAAUAAUAAUAAUGAAAACAUUACUACUCUGAGGGAAUAUCAAACAAACCACAUUUUUGCUCAAAUACCCAAUCAGAGUUAAUGGGUCAGAUGAAUGAAAAGUAGCAAUUGCUUCAAGCAUAAGUAAAAGCUAGUCAAGCAAAAGAUCAUGCUUCAGCAAUUGCUUUAUUUCAUAUGCAAAUACCAAUGCUAGUGCUUGAAUCCUUUUCUUGCCUUCAGAAAGCAAUUGCUAGCUGUUUGAUCAAUAGCGACAUCACGCUGGUGCAAACAAGACUCACAGAAAAGGCGGGACUCGAACACAAAGGUGUGGCAGUGCAAAUUACCAAUAUUUUCCUAUAAGAUCUUUUCCUCAGACGUGGUGUCAAACAAACUUGUUUCUUUUAGAUAAAUUUAUAUAUGUUGCAUUUGGUUUGCACUUAUUAGGAAGAAAACAAGGACAUGUAGGUUACGAUACACUUUAGGGCUCUCUUGCAAGUGUUUUAACAUGAUUUCAAAAACGCGAAUACCCUUAUUAAGCAAACGAUCAAGCUACAAUGACAGAGCUUUAAAAACCCAAGCAAGUGCUUAAAUGCACAAGCGAAAUGCUCGCUUUAUGCAUACGUUUUCUAUUCGUAGCUUAACCAUCAAGGAAAUGCUAGCAGUCGGUUAGCGAUUGCUUGAACUUACUAGCAAAAGCUUUUGUUUGCUACUUUUUAUGCAUCUGACACAUUGUAGCCAUGCUAAAGUUAGAGUAUUAGUAUGCAGCACUUACAAACAUUGUACUUAGUGCUAUAUUUUGCAUAUUUGAAUAUUGUUAUUAUUCAAUAUUAAUUUUACAUAUGCUUUUCCCUAUUUUUUUUUAUUUAUUAAGUGAAUUUGAAUUCUAAAGACAUCUACUGAAUCUUAGAAAAAGGCGAUACAGCUUCAGGUAGAAUUGGUUCAAUAGACAUGUAGUACUGCACUGUUACUGAAAUCAGUAAAAAAAAAUAUUUCAAAUUGUUACUGCUUGUGAAAAUUUCGAAAUGCCUGUAAAGUUACUUCCAUUUAUAGAUUGUUGAAAUGAAAAGUGAUUACAAGUAAGGCAUCAAAUCUGUGCAAUUUAUAUCUUUAAAAAUGUAAUAUCAAAUUUUCAUUCAUAUCAUUCUUACCAUUUCAUUUUUUUAUGAAUUUAAUGAAAUUCUUUUCCUUUCCUGCCUAAUUUUCACGAUUUUGUAUUUCUUCUUUUUUGUUAAGGUAUGUGGAAAUUUAGACAAUUGUCAAUACCAUGAGUAUUCACUCUCUUAUAUUUAUUUCAUUAUGAAGAGGUUCGUGUGAUGCUGGUGAUUGUAUUAAAAUCACAAAAUAUUUGUCAAAAAUAACUACUUAAUCUCUUGCAAGAAAAUGCUGUAAAACUCAAGUGUUGUUUUGUUAUGAUUUCACCAUCCAGGGUAUGAGUAUGAGUAGCCAUUAUCAUUAUAAGUAAUGAAGUAUUAGCAGUAUUUUGAUUUGCAAUGCAAGCCACUGCCUUUUAGUUCUGUAUUUAUCCUUAGUAGUGGGCGCAUCGUGGUCUAGUUGUUCUGACUCUUGCCUUUCAAACAGAGGGUUGUGGGUUCGAAUCCUAGCCAUGACAUAUUUUCCUUCAGCAAGAAAUUUAUCCACACUGCUCCAAUCAACCCUGGUGAGGUAAAUGGGUAUCGGCAGGAAAUUAUUCCUCAAAUAGCUGUGUGCACCUGAAUCAGUAGCCUAGCUUAGCCGGGCAAUAAUAAUAGCAGGGCCCGCUUGGAGAACAGUUUUCGGAACUGAAGUGGCUACCCUGGGUAAAUAUGCUGUUAUUAUUAUUAGUAGUAGUAGUAGUAUAAAAGGAACUUUCAUAUAGAAGGGUCGAGGCAUAAUCAAUUGUCCAACCAAGUAGUGUCAUGGAUGAUCGUGAUGUUUCAGCUGCAAUUUGCUCAUCCUUAUCAAUCACAGUUUGAAUUUAUUUAGAUCAAUUGCAGCUCUUUGUAAGACGGGUCUCAGGAGAUCUUUGUCUUUCUCCUUAAAAAGCAUAUUUUUAAUUGCUUCCCCAAAGCUUUAAAUUCAUAACCCAGUUUUCUCAAGUCCAGUUUAACUUAGAUCAUGGUCUCUCUCUCUCUGUUAAAAUUAUGGGAAGCCAAAAACGCCCAAAUGUCUUAAUUUUAUUUACAUUAUAUGAUCUCAUGAUUUCAUCUUCAAGAUAGGCUGUAGAGCUCCUUGAAGAUUAUAGCAGAUGAUGAUGAUGAUGAUGUUUACUGUGGUCUUUCCUCAUUCUUUAAUUGUGGAGACAACUGUCAUCAGUCCCAGACAGUUAGGAAUGGUUUUAGUCUCAAAUGAGCUGAUUAAUUGAAGCUCUGCUGUCAGAGAAUUGUGUCAAAAUUGACUGUCCAUAGUUAAUCCACAACUUAAGACCAGAAUUUAAAUUAAACUCGAGUUCUGAAUACGGACCAUCUUGUUUUAGUACAAUAGGUUAUGGCAAGCCACUCUGUCCAGUGUUAACAAAACUGCAGAGAACCUACAGUCCCGUACACAGCUGGAUAUGCAGAUGGGAUCACGCAAUGUUUUGUGUUGUGUUUGUGCUUUCUAGAUAUCAGCAGUUGCAAGCUUGAGAACCAAAAUAAUGCUCUUGUGAUUAAUAUGCACUUGGUUCUGAAUGUGUUUAGAGAAAAUCCAAAAAUCAGCAAAAUAUACAGUUUUGCUCAAAAGUUUUCAAAUCCCAACAUAUGCACUCCUUCUUGUUGAAUGUAAACAACAACAGUACAGUGUUGUUCGGCAUGCCCAGAGAGGCAAACUUUAUUGAAUGUAAUAUUUUAUCACCUGACUUCACAAUUAAUUGUCUUAAACAUGACAGAACUUGAACACAUUGAAAUAUGUUCAUUUUCUGGUGGGGUUCACUAGUUUUUGAGCACCACUUUACAUCAUGUACAGGUUUUUGUAUUGAUAUAGGGCUAUUUCUGUGCUGUGGCUUUCAUUUUGAUUCUAAAUAUAAUUUCUUCAUUGCCAUGUCAUCUUUUGUCUUCUCCUUGUUGUGUUAAGAAUGUGUGUUUAAGAUUUAUUUAUCUGUUUAGCUUGCUCUUGUAUUCAAAGUUAAUAUAUUAUUUUUUCACUGUGAAUGAGAAUAUUUUUUGCUUCCCUAAGUUUUCAUAGCAUCCAGUAAUUUGUAUUGUAAAGGUUUCUUGUGUUUAAUUCAAUGAAUGGUCCAAAUUACAUCCCUGGAAAUUUUUUAUUCACUUUUCAUGUGAAUGAAUGCAUAAUUCAAAUGAAAAUUGAGUAGUGUAAGAUUGCCCUCUCCUUAAAGUUUCAUUUUCAAACCUUGAUUUAUUCCGCCAAAUGCAGUUAAAAUCAUGUAUUAUGUAAUUAUAGUAGUCUUUCCUAAGUUGAUAGGCACCAAUGUCUAACUACUCAAUAAUUUUUUGAUGUACUUUUGUAACAUAGUGGUAUUUCAGACUCAUACAAUUAAUUGCCAAAGGGAAUGUAAAUUGUAAAUGCUAUAAUGUUUUAAAAGAGCAACACCGGUCAGUGUUCUAAUAGGACAACAUUCUAAGAGACACCAUGAACAAAACGCCUUAUAGUGUUAAUACAACAGAUGGAAUGUGCUAUGAUACACCAAUGGUGUAUCUAACACCCAUGAAUUGAUUGGUGUGGUUCUCUGUAGAAACUGAUGGUGUAGGUUUUAACACCACUGUUACAUUGCAGUGGGAGAAAUUAAGGUGCUAAAAAACCUUCAUGGAAUAUUGUCUUUAGAUCUAAUUAAGUUUACAUAUUACUUUUUUUUAAUGUUCAUCAAGGGGUAAGCUGCAUCUACCACUGAGACCAAGCCUGAUUGAAUUUAAAAUAUGGCAAGCUAUUCCUGCCAAAAUUUUCUUUAACACUGUUAUCUUAGGUGUGUGGAAAUUUUCUUCCUAAAAAUUAUGGUUUUGACAUUUUUUAUCAACAGUUGUUGGAAUUUCUUACAAGUGUGUUUUUUUUAUGGUAUGGAUAGCCUGGCGUACUGAAGUCAAUUGUUAAUCACCCAUAACAUUUGCUCGUUUUGCCCCCCCCCCCCCCAUUUUUUAGUGGCUACAUGUAUUUGUUUGGUCUGCCAGUUGAUCAUAAUUAUUUCAACUCAUAAUUUAAGUGUUCUCUCAGUUCUCCCAGCUUUAUUCAUCUCAAGUUAUUCCGCAUCUAUAGAGAUUGAUCGGGUGAAGUGAAAUGUUUUACAUAAAAUGCAGAAAAUUGCAAACAAGUUGUGUUUAAUUGUGACAUCUGUUUCAUAUAUAUGAUUGAAUGAGUCGCUUAUUAAUUAAAUCUCAUCCAAUUACAUUAAUCAUGGUUGCGUUUUUUAUAGAAAAUGUAGGGUGUGUUCAAUGUUGAUUUUCAAAUUUAAACAGCAACAUGAAUCAUGAUUGAAAACUCAAUUACAAAACACAGAACACACACACAAUCAGCAGUGCACUGUUAAGUAUCAAAAAUAUAAAGCUGAUUAUUUGUCAGUCUUUAAAUUUCUAGUUUUUGUUAGCACAGCUUUAUUGCCCAGUUUGACUCAUCACAAGAAAGAUCAAUUCUGGCACCUGCUUGUAUAGGCUUCCACUGUGAGAGCAAAUUUAAAGACGUUUCAAAACACAAUCAUGUUCAAUGUCGCUUUCUCGAUGCUGAAGGUCGUAAAAUAUGAGCUGAUCACGUUUACAAACGCGUCUUUUUUUACGUUAAAAUUUCCUCUGAAUCAUGAUUUGAAAGAUGUUUAUUUUUACGACCAGGAAUGGUGGACAUACAACACACCCUUUGUUUCGGAUUAUAUCAGUGUUUUGUAAUCACGUUUUCUAUCAUGAUUCAUGUUUUCAUUAAAAUUUGGAAGCCAACAUUGAACACACCCUUAGAUAGUGAAAAAUUGAUGCAAAGAUAUUUGUGACUUUUCGAGUUUGCAACACAUAAAUUCAUUUUUAAGAAAUGGAUUCUUUCAAUUAAUAAGUGGUGCUUUGUGCAUUUACUCUCUGAAAAUAUUUUAUAUUACCUAUGUUUCUCUUUCAUGACAGGUAUGGUACUCUGCUAAAAUUUUAUUUGUAAAUAAGUAGUUGAGUUAGUAGGCUAGUUUGCCAAUAUAUAUCAUUUAUGCUACUGCUUGCUUUAUUUUUAGACUGUUUAAUUAGAAUUAUCUCAGGUAUGAAUACAGUAGUAUAAUGAUGGGUCACUUUGUCAUUCCUGACUGACAACAAACUGUCUACCCUUCUACCUUUAAUUCAAUCUGCAAAUGUACAUCUGUUGUAUCUUGGUGAAAUAGUACAAUUCACCAGCAAAUUUACCUUUUUUAUUUUUUUAUUCAGAUAUCAAAAGUCAUAGUUAGUCAGAUCAUGUUCAUUGUGAAGCAAUGACUACUGAAUUACUUUAAGAUGUACUGUACAAGUGAUAUAUUAUUCAAUGAUAAGAGUAUAUGUUUCAUGUUUCCAGUACUUGUACUAUCAUACAAAUGACGCAAUUAGUAUUUGUGUAUAUGACGUGGCAUGAUUGAUAUUUAGGUCACAAAUGAACUGGAAAGGUGAUAUAUUAAAUAAUUGAAUAAUUUAAUGGGAAAGGUACCAUAAUAUAGGGUCCUCCUUUAUUUUGUUCUCUCUUUUGCCAUCCCUCUCCCCAUUUCUCCAUUUCUCAAGCCCCACUUUUGUCUCUUUGCCACUCUCUCUCUCCCUCUCUCCUCCUCUCCUUCCCUCUUAGCUCUCCUUUAUUUGCCUUGUGUAUUUCCAUUACAUAAUUCCAAGUACUUAACAGGUAUAUAGAUUAGGUAAAACCAAGUCAAUUUUACAUUUAUUCAUCAGUGCAUGCUUCAUAAAAUAAGAAUUAUUUAUUUAUAAAUGUAUACUAGUAUUUUCAUCUGAAUCUAGUUGUGUAAGUGAAUUCUAUACAUUAGCCCUGUGUGUGUUUUUAAUAUAUUUAUUUGAAGUGAUUUUGUGCAUUACCCUAUGAUUAAAAAGUAAUAGAAAAGUUUCUUUUGGUGGCCAAAAGCUUAGCCACAUGCAGGGUGUGUGUGUUUUUUUUUGGGGGGGGGGCUUGAAGGAGGACAAGUAAAUUGUAGAAUCAUGGAGAUAUCCGAUCUCCAUGGUAACAUUCCUGAAGUUGGAAAUGUGUAUGCAACCUGGCAUUACUUGUUCUUUAAUAUCUCUAUGAUAUUCAUCAUCAUUGGUUAGGAUUAGAAUCAUAUUUUG